UGAUGCCUCCAACGUGAAGUCAAAGCCUAUGACAAAAUGAGGAAACAGAUAUGAGCACAGACAACAGUCAGCUGCGUUGGUUAACAGCCAAACGAGGUGUUAAUCAUUAUGUGCUGUCUGCUGGGGAAGUCUCCAAACCUUCUUCAGAUCAGUCUCAAAGUUUAGACCUGCAAGAUGUCGAAUCAAUCUGUGGAGGGGAUUUACCUCAGCUCUCACAUGGAGAACAUCCUGUUCUCAGCCUUCUACAUUGUCAUCUUCAUCCUCUCAGUCCCGAGCAAUGCCUUGGCACUUUGGGUGUUCUGCCACAACACCAACAACACCCCUUCCAAAGUGUUUCUGAAGCACCUGGCUAUAGCGGACAUGUCUUACGUCUUGGUGCUCCCCAUGCGAGUGAUCUACCACAUGUCCGACGGUCACUGGCCUCUUGGUGAAGGGGCUUGUCGCGUGGUGGGUUUUCUGUUCUUUGUCAAUCUCUACUGCAGUGUGUACUUUAUAACCUGCAUCAGUGUAGACCGUCUGGUGGCUUGCGUCUUACCACACAGAGCUCCGAAACUGAGAAAGGCCAAGUAUGCCAAAGUGGUCUGUGCGAUCCUGUGGGUCAUGGUGACCAUUUCCAUGAUGCCUGUCCUGUUCUCCAAAAAACAAGUGACUCAAUGGCAGAAUGUCACAGUGUGCAAACAGCUGUACAUAGAGAAGUCCUCUAAUCCCACCGGCGCUGUGGUGUCCACUGCUGUUGCAUUCAUGAUACCUCUGGUCACCCUGAGUGUUUCUUACAUUCUCAUAUUUUUCAAAAUCAAACAAAUGACUUUUCAAGAAAGAAUGCCUGCUCAGCGCAAGGCAAUGAGAAUGAUCGUACUUACAGUGCUUAACUUCUUGAUUGCAUUUGUGCCCUAUCAUAUCCACCGAUUUGUCUUUAUCAUACAGCAUGAUGACAUGUCAAGGUCAGAAUCCGAAAGACAAAUGCUGCAUUUGGGAAACCGAAUCACCUCAGCUUUAACAUGCAUGAGUGGCGUGCUGGAUCCUGUCAUGUACUUCUUUCUGGCUAGAAAUUACCAAGCGACCCUGCUGCAGCUCUGCGGUAGAAACGCCAACGAGGAGCAAUCCACUGCUUGAUCAGAUGAGAAAGCCAAUGAUAUCUUGUCAGCUGUUAACUACCAGGCAUAAUGAAGCUCAGUAUCUGUAAAACAAAUGUUUAAAGUUAAAAUAGUAGAAGUGGAAAAAGUAUGGCUAAUAAUUGAUGAUCAUGACCACAUUCAUUUAGAAACUCACGAUGUGCAGUAUGAGUCAUCAAGUGUGAAACUACCAUUUGCAGAAUACAAGAUGACAAUAUCUCAUAUGACAUACAUAUGACAAUGACAUGGUUAUCUUUGUUUAUUUAACUUUUUUCAUGUAUCAAUAUUUAAUGUAUCAUAUAUCAUUUUUGUGUAGGCCCUACAGCUACUUUUAGUAGAAUAAAUAAAUAAAAUGAUACAA